UUAAACAGGUUUAGCCGGAAAGCCUCUGAGUGAAGAGCGAAAUGAGCUCUUGACGGAAGAUAAUUCCUUUUCAUUACAAGAAUCAAAGAAAGCUGAGUCUACUCUCAGCAUAACUGUGAUUGGAGCUUCUGGAGAUCUUGCUAAGAAGAAGAUAUUUCCUGCACUCUUUGCACUAUUUUAUGAAGAUUGGCUUCCCAAGAAUUUUACAGUGUGUGGGUAUGCUCGGACGAAUAUGACGGAUGAGGAGCUGAGGAACUUGAUCAGUCAAACCUUAACUUGCAGGAUUGAUCAGAGAGAAAAUUGCAAUGAGAAAAUGACCAAGUUUCUGAAGAGAUGCUUCUACCAUUCUGGGCAAUACAACAAUGUGGAUGAUUUCUUGAAAUUAGACAGCAAGCUCAUAAAGGAAGAGGAAGGAAGACUGUCGAAUAGAUUGUUUUACUUGUCAAUACCGCCAAACUUAUUUGUGGAUGUGGCGAAAUGUGCCAGCACUAAGGCUUCCUCAAAAACAGGUUGGACGAGGGUCAUUGUCGAAAAACCGUUUGGUAGGGAUUUGGAAUCAUCUAAACAACUUUCUACAAGUCUAAAGCAAUACCUUACAGAGGAUCAAAUAUUCAGGAUUGAUCAUUACCUAGGCAAGGAAAUCGUUGAAAACCUCAUUGUACUUAGAUUCUCAAAUCUCGUGUUUGAGCCUCUUUGGUCGAGAAAUUACAUCCGCAACGUGCAAUUCAUUUUCUCAGAGGAUUUUGGUACAGAAGGCCGAGGCGGUUACUUCGACAACUAUGGAAUUAUUCGAGAUAUAAUGCAAAAUCAUUUGUUGCAAACGUUAGCGCUGUUUGCAAUGGAGACACCUAUAAGUUUGGAUGCAGAAGACAUUAGGAAUGAAAAGGUUAAGGUUUUAAGGUCAAUGAGACCGUUGCAGCUUGAGGAUGUGAUUGUAGGGCAAUAUAAAGGGUUCAGUAAAGAUGGUAAAACCUAUCAGGGAUAUACAGACGAUCCAACUGUGCCUAAAGACAGCAUUACUCCCACUUUUGCAGCAGCAGCACUCUUUAUUAAUAAUGCAAGAUGGGAUGGAGUGCCUUUCCUAAUGAAAGCCGGCAAAGCCCUUAACAAGAGAAGAGCGGAGAUCAGGGUACAGUUCAGACAUGUACCUGGGAAUCUAUACAAGAGAAGCUUUGGAACAGAUCUGGAUAAAGCUACAAAUGAGUUGGUUCUUCGCAUUCAGCCAAAUGAAGCUAUAUAUCUAAAGAUUAACAACAAAGUUCCUGGUCUUGGGAUGAGGCUGGACAGGAGUGACCUUAACUUGCUCUACAAAGCAAAGUAUCGGAAAGAAAUACCAGAUGCAUACGAGAGACUUUUGUUGGAUGCAAUUGGAGGGGAACAAAGGUUGUUCAUAAGAAGCGAUGAAUUGGAUGCUGCUUGGCCAUUGUUCACGCCACUUUUGAAGGAAUUGGAAGAAAAAAGGAUUUCACCAGAACUCUACCCGUAUGGAAGCAGAGGACCCGUAGGAGCGCAUUAUCUUGCUGCAAAGCACAAUGUUAGAUGGGGAGAUCUUAAUGAAGACGAUUCUUAGAUUUUCCAGAAUCUUUCUUCUUUACACCAUUUUUCAGACCUCACAUUCAAAUUUUCAACAGAAUUAAUACUAACUCAUAUGUGAAUUGUUAAAGUUGAUAUAUUUGUUGGUUCAUCAAAGUUAUAAAUUUGUGGUACUUACUAAUC